GGUUUUUGCGCCGUCGAUUUUUGGGGGCCCCCGCCCAUCCUCAUGUUCGAUCCUCCCGCGAGGUCCGCCCGCUCAGAUGCUGCUUCGUAGACAUGGCCUCCGCUUCUUCGAUGUCCGGGGAAUUUGCAGUGUCGGUAGAGUGUGUGAAUGUGUGUAAGCUGGCGAAAGGCGAUGUGGGCGGGAGAUACGACUGCAAUGCUCUGUCGUGCGCUUGGAAGGCGCCCCGGGUCCUGUCGGGCUUCCUCGCGAGCACGGCGCAUCCUCCUCAGUGUUCGUCGUCCUCUAUCGUGCAGGCUGGGAGGCGGGAUCGGGGAAAAUCUAAAUAUGAAGCCCUCUGUGCAGGGGAUUGUUACUUCUCCGAUAUUCCCGAUUUUUUAAUCUUUGGAAGACUUUCUAGGCCAUCUUAUGUUGCAUUGACAAAAUGGCGUUCUGGUUGUUCUUCAUCAGGCUGCUCAGAUACCUUAAGUGACACUUCUCCUGAAAGUUUGUGGGAGUAUUUAAAGCCAACUAUUUCAUAUCUUUCACCGAAAGAGAUGGAAUUGGUCCACAGUGCUCUUAAGCUGGCUUUCAAUGCUCAUGAUGGCCAGAAGAGACGCAGUGGAGAACCAUUUAUCAUUCAUCCUGUUGAAGUGGCACGAAUUCUCGGAGAACUUGAGUUAGACUGGGAGUCUGUUGCGGCCGGUUUGCUCCAUGACACUGUGGAGGAUACAAACGUUGUUACCUUUGAAAGGAUAGAAGAUGAAUUUGGGGCUACCGUGCGCCACAUUGUUGAAGGAGAGACAAAGGUGUCAAAAUUGGGAAAGCUGAAAUGUAAGAAUGAAAACAGUGAAGCCCAAGAUGUUAAGGCUGAUGACCUGCGGCAGAUGUUCUUGGCUAUGACAGCGGAGGUCCGUGUCAUUAUUGUCAAGUUAGCUGACAGAUUACACAACAUGCGGACACUAUCACACAUGCCUCCUCAUAAGCAGUCCAGCAUUGCCUUGGAAACUUUGCAGGUUUUUGCCCCUUUGGCUAAGCUGCUUGGCAUGUAUCAAAUCAAGUCUGAGCUAGAAAAUCUGUCAUUUAUGUACACGAAUGCUGAAGAUUAUGCUAAGGUCAAACGAAGGAUUGCGGACCUUUUUAAGGAACAUGAGAAGGAGCUCGUAGAGGCAAACAAAAUUUUGAUGAAGAAGAUAGACGAUGAUCAGUUUCUAGAUAUUAUGACAGUGAAAACUGAAGUUCGUUCUGCAUGUAAGGAGCCCUACAGUAUAUAUAGGUCUGUGCUGAAAUCUAAAGGUUCAAUCAACGAGAUUAAUCAAAUAGCGCAGCUCCGCAUCAUCAUAAAACCAAAACCAUGUGUUGGAGUUGGGCCUCUAUGUAGUCCACAACAGAUCUGCUAUCAUGUUCUCGGUUUGGUCCAUGGAAUCUGGACCCCCAUCCCUCGAGCUAUGAAAGACUAUAUUGCGACUCCAAAACCUAACGGUUAUCAAAGCCUCCAUACUACCGUCAUUCCAUUUUUGUAUGAAAGCAUGUUCCGAUUAGAAGUUCAGAUUCGAACUGAAGAGAUGGAUCUCAUAGCAGAAAGGGGGAUUGCUGCUCAUUACAGUGGAAGAGGGUUUGUCACUGGCCUAGUCGGACGUGUGAUGCCUAACAGUAGAGGAUCAAGAGGAAAGGCUGUCUGUCUCAACAAUGCAAACAUCGCACUGAGGAUUGGUUGGCUUAAUGCUAUAAGAGAAUGGCAAGAAGAAUUUGUAGGCAACAUGAGCUCUAGAGAAUUUGUUGACACUGUUACCAGGGAUCUGCUAGGGAGCCGUGUUUUUGUGUUUACACCUAGAGGAGAGAUUAAAAAUCUGCCUAAAGGUGCAACUGUUAUUGACUAUGCAUAUAUGAUCCAUACCGAAAUAGGCAACAAGAUGGUGGCCGCAAAGGUGAAUGGAAAUCUUGUUUCUCCUUCACAUGUACUUACAAAUGCGGAAGUCAUAGAGAUAAUUACUUAUAAUGCUCUCUCUAGCAAAUCUGCUUUCCAGAAGCACAAGCAAUGGUUGCAGCAUGCAAAGACACAUAGUGCCAGACACAAGAUUAUGAAGUUCUUAAGGGAGCAAGCUGCGCUUUCUGCUGCUGAAAUAACAGCGGACACUUUGAAUGAUUUUAUCGCUGACUCUGAAGAAGGGGGCGUUCCCAAGCAUCCCAAGGAGAACAAGCCUAUAUGGGACAGGAUUCUCAUGAGUGUGAUGGGAAUGCCUUCUUCAGAUUGUAAUAAAGAUGUCCACCUGAAAAGUGGUGGUGACGGGGUCCCCAAAGUGAAUGGAAAGCAUCGCAAACAUGUUCAGCAUGUCAGUUUGAUGGGUAAAGGUGAGUCAUUAUUUCAAGGAAAUGGUGUUGCCAAGAUGAUACAAGCCAACAUACCUUUAUACAAGGAAGUCUUGCCUGGCUUAGAAAGUUGGCAGGCUAGUAAGAUUGCCUCUUGGCACAAUCUAGAAGGGCACUCCAUCCAGUGGUUUUGUGUGGUAUGCAUAGAUCGUAGAGGGAUGAUGGCCGAGGUUACAACAGCACUGUCAGCUGUGGGCAUUACCAUAUGUUCUUGUGUGGCUGAGAUCGAUAGAGGUAGGGGUAUGGCCGUCAUGAUGUUUCAUGUCGAAGCAAAUAUCGAGAGCCUGGUCAAUGCUUGCUCAAGCAUAGAUCUAAUCCUCGGGGUAUUGGGAUGGUCUACAGGUUGCAGUUGGCCGUGUUCAGUUGAUGCCAAUCGAUUUCUUGAGUGCUAACGAAUUGAUAGACAUGUCGAGUUACCUAGUUCACCCAGCUAUUGGAGCUUUGGGUGUAAAGUUUUGUCCUCGAAAAACAGAAAUGUGUUUAGCUAGAUUCUCAUUUGUUGGCGCAGGCUGAGCUCAAUAAGUUGGCAGUAGCAUGCAGAAAAUAGUCUGGUUCCAGAGCAUUGUAUAUAAGAAGAGCUAUAGGGUUAAGGAGGUAUACACCUGUAAAGGUACUUGGGAGAGAGAGAGAGAGAGAGAGAGAGAGAGAGAGAGAGAGAGAGAGAGAGAGAGACAUCUAUACAGAGGAGGUUACACAAAUCUAUGGUAUAUAAUUCAAUUUUUUCAUUCAACAAUUUGACGUUAUAUUCUUUCGCCGACGUGUACUAGCUUUGCUCUCUUUUUUCUACCUUCCUUUUUGUGUU